AUGCAAUCCUUCAGAAGCUUCGCCACCCUCUGUCUGGUUUUUUCCUGCGAGGCUGCGGCCUCGCUCCAGGCUGUAUACCGUCAGCAGUCCAUCACGACGGUGCUCUCGCCACAACCGACAUUUGCCCAGCCGCAUGUCAACGAUGAAACUUUGUCUGCCCGAUCUACAUCGCAAAAGGACACUUUCGACUUCGACGUCCGCUCCGACCAGAUCGUCCCAAUGAUGGACGCCCUGGCAGAUCUUUCAGUGCACAUUUCUGAGAGCCGAGAAGCUGCCUUCUACAAGAAGGAUGACGACGAUCCACCGCCUUUCAAGUGUCACUGCAAGUGCAGCCUUUUAGGAGGCUGCGAGUGCUGGUGUGGGGAUAGGGAUACGAAGAAAGGAAGCGGGAAUAAUUGA